UCUUCCGGUGUCAUGGCGUCGAAAGCAAAAUCUCAGAGAUUUGAGUCUGAAAUUGAAAAGUACAGGGGCGAAGCAAACUGGAAAAAGGCAAAGGAAUUAGCUAGACAGUUGUCUCAAAAGACACCGGAUUUAGGAGACUUUGUUAAUUUAGUCAUAGCAGAAAGUGUAUUGGAAGAAUAUGCAGAAGAGCAUCCCCCAACAGAGAGGAAUAUUACUAAGGCUAAGAGCAGUUUAGCAGAUGUGGAAGAUCAACUUGCUAAACUUUCACAAAGAAAAUCAAAGAUUGGCCAACAGGCUCAGCUUCUACUUGCUAAGUUAAACUUUUGUCGAGGCAACUACCAAACAGCAUAUGAACUACUGGAUAAGGCUGGUCUGGACUCGGUUACAUACCAUUCCUGUCCAAACAGACUCAUUCAUAUGUAUGCAGAAUCAUUUGCUAUCAGAGGAAUGUGCUUGGAAAAGAUGGCUCCACCAACAACCAGCAAAUACAAGGCUGCAGAAAGAGAAGACAAAAUCAUUUCUUGCUUUGAGAAGGCUGGUGAUCUGGCUUUGAUUUACCUGCAAGAGAGAGACCGUUGUCAGGGCGGCAUGAACCCAGGGGGGAGUCAGGGUCAGCUGUCUCCAGAUGAAACAGUCUGUUGUCUGCUGGAACAAGCUAUUCAGGAAUCUCCCAUUUUGUAUAUUAAAAGAGGGCAACUAGACAAAGGGAUUCAAAGAUUCAGGGAGCUUCUGAGGGCAGUUGAAUCAAGAUUUACACAGGAUAUCAGACUUACACUGGCUCGUCAGCUGGCUGAAGUACUGAUGCGAGGUGUUUGUGAGAAAUCCUACAUCCCACUAGAUGUCCGAUCACCUAAGCCUAAUGGACCAAAACCAAAGAUUUACCCUGGUGAUAGAUCAUUCGUUCCAGAGGAUCAGAAUGAAGAAGCAUUACUACUACUACUAAUUGCUGAAGCUGUUGCUACAAGAGAAGCUGUCCUGGAGAGAUCUGAGGAGUUGUCGGAGACAAGACUUCACGCCUUCCACAACACUACAGCAGUGUAUGACAUGCUGGCUCUGGCCCUGGUCAAGAGGGCCCAGUUCACAACACUGGCAGAUUCAUUUGAGAGGGCAAUGAGGUUUUCCUUUGAAGAGUUUCAUAUCUGGCACCAGUUUGCUAAUUCUCUCAUAUGUGCAGGCAAGUAUUCCCGUGCUGUAUUGGUUCUACGAGAAUGUACAAGACUCCAGCCUGAGAACCCCACUGUGUCAUUACAGGCUGCCAAGCUGUGUUUUGAGUAUCUCCAUCAGUAUGAUGAGGGUAUCCAGUGGUCCAAGCAUGCAUUAGAGGUUGGGCAGGACCACCCAAUGUUGUCCCGGGCCCAUACGUCACUGGGUAUCGGCUACAGCAUGAAGGCUCAUGAGGUCAAACUCCAGGGAGAGAGACAGAUACUGCACAGAAACGCACUCGCAGCAUUUCAGAAAGCCCACACAGCCGACCCAUAUGACUACCUGGCUCUCUUCCAUCUGUCGCUACAGCUAGCUAUUCUGAGACAUAUUCCUGAAGCCUUGAACUAUGUGAAGCUUGCCCUGAAGUACCGCAGUGAUCACAUCCACUCACUCCACCUGCUGGUGCUGCUACUGACGGCACAGAAACAGCUGGACGAGGCGAUGGUACUCAUACAUGCAGCUCUGGAGGAGUACCCUGAUAACCUCAGUUUGCUGCUGACCAAGUCGAAGUUGGAGGAGGUGAUGUAUGGCCCAGAGGAAGCCCUGGUCACAUGUAAACUGAUGCUGAAACUCUGGAAGGACAUCCAUGAAAUAGACAGUGAAGAAGGAUCAGAGAGAAGAGGCACUGCAACAGACCGGAAUGCGUUUGAUCGAAGAAGCGUAGCCCAGAUGACGAUCAAUGAGUUCAGUGAGCGAGGAUCAGGAUCAAUCAGAGCAGAGUCGGUGGCAGCGUCUCGUGUGGAGCGGGCGUUGUCAGAGGUGGCGUCUUCCAUGAACAGCAGCUUCCAGCCUCGGCCAGGUUCCCAGCAGUCAUGGAUGCUGCAAGCUCAGAUAUGGCUGCAUCUUGCGGAGUUGUACCUGAGUCUACAGAAGGUGACUGAAGCUGAAGCAUGUGUACAGGAAACAUCCACCAUCUUCCCUCUCUCACAUCAGGUUUACUUUAUAAAAGGAAGAGUGUAUGAACACAAGCAGCGGAAUAAUGAUGCCAAAGUUUGUUUUGAGAACGCAGUGUCUAUCAACCCAGGCCACACAAAGUCUCUGCAACACUUAGGCAUGGUGCUACAUUACUUGAAUGAGAACAAACUUGCUGAGAAGGUGUUGAGAGAUGCUGUGAACAAUGACCCCACAUCACAUAAAUCAUGGCAUUCUCUGGGAAUGGUGCUAGAAGCCCUGAGCCAGCCUGAAGCAGCCAGCGACUGUCACAACACAGGGAUGGAGCUGGAAGCCACCAGUCCCAUCGUCCCCUUCACCGUCAUUCCACGACUGAUGCAGUGACACUUCCCUCAAUAACAGAAUACCAGGGCCUGUCCUAGGAAACAAUCUCUGUAUUAGGGACCGUUCAUAAUUUAUGGCUUGGG